GGCUGAUGAUCCGUGGAGCUUCUCCAAUAUCUUGGGCACCACGGCUUGCACAUGAUCACAAAAUCGCCUCAUCUCCCGGGAGAUUUCUGGAUGCCUACUGAGCACCUGAUUAGGAUCGAGCAGCGGCCAGACGCCCCGGGUUUGCACUGCGCCAUCGCUUCCUGACCGGGCCAGACCGCAAGCCUGGCCGCCGGCGAUAUUACCCAAGCGCAGCUUGUUUGCCACCCGCCAUUUCACGGUGAAUAAAGGCCGGUCGAUUAGCGUUCGGAUAGGAUCGUCGAGAGCUGGUGCUUCAAAACAACCGCCGGGUUUCCCGACUCGGUCAGCCGGCAGCAGCAGCCGCACACCAGACGAUCUCCCCCAAGGGACUUUGCACCACCUCUCCGAACUUAAUAAAGAAGCCCGGCCCUCCUUGUUUCACCGCCAGGAAACCCGUCCGGUCUCGGCGGAAGGAAACGGAGCUUAGCGAAACAUCCAGUCGAGAUCGGCCGGUGGGUUUCAACGGCCACCUCUGCCGGCGGGGAACCCUUGCGCCUGCAGCCGCAGCUUGCACGCCGAGGGGGUGCGCUUGCUCGUGUGCCGUCUGGCCAUAGAGCCCUUGUCUCCUGCUCCCGCUGGCCUGGGCCUUCCUUAUUCCUGCCCACGCCUCGGCACGGCUGCUGUCUUGCCCUGCCACCCGCUAGCGUCCCCCGGACUGCUCUCGUUACAGAGCCCUCGGCGCAGACGUCGAGCAGACCGCCAUGCCGAUCCUCCGCCUCCACGUCUGGGGUCCGGCCUUCGGACUCGCCUCCCUCGACGCCGAGUGCCUGGCCGCUAUCGUAUAUCUCAAGCACAUCACUGAGCCGGGCGACUAUGAGCUCGUCGCCACAAGUCCCUCGGCCGUGCCAACGAACCACCUCCCCGCCAUCCACAACACUCUUUCCGGCGACUGGGCGUCUGGCUUCCAGGGAGUUCUGGACCUGAUCCACGCCACCGCCCCAACUCCUGAAACCGGACUCGGCACCUUCGUGGUGGAUAGCCGGUGGCCUAGCCUUGAUAGCCGGCUGAAUCUGCCCGCCGCGGCUGUGGCUGACUCGACCGCCUAUCGCGUCUUCCUGACUGCCCACGCCGCGCCUCUACUUGCCCUGUCACUAUACGUCUCGUCUGCCAAUUGGUCCGGCGCCACCCGCCCGGCCAUCAGCCAGAUCCUGCCCUUCCCCCUGGGCUGGACCGAGGGGCCGGCUCGGCGCCGCGCCAUGUCCAGACGCGCCGAGCACUUGGACUUCUCGGACCUAGAUACGGACCGCGAUGCAGCCGAUCCCGACGCCACACCCAGGGACGUCGCAACACGGAGCUUUAUUCCGGCUAGUCUUCAGCCACGGAACCGUGGCGGUAUCUCGUCUUCCAUGACACCCGAGGCCAAGGCCCGCUUUCGGCUCGAAGCUGCCGCGGCCUCUGUGCUCGACGUCCUGACCUCUUGUCAUGGUAUCAAUGCCGAUGCGGCGCCGGGUCUUGGCGAGGGAUGGCUACGGGGCCCCUGGGCUCAUGGGCAGGGCGCGGAGGAAGGUGGUAGUGGAGGCAGGCCGCCGUCGUCCUUUGAAUGCCUUGCUUUUGGCUACCUGGCGCUCAUGGCGGUCCCCACGCUGCCGCGUCCAUGGCUCCGCGAGGUCGUCGGCCAAAAGCACGCCGACCUGGCCGCGUUUGUCGACGACGCGCGCGCCGCGUGGUUCCCGGUCGAGCCGAGCCAGCUGCCUUGGGUGUCCGAGGAGGCGGCCUCUCUCUACUCCUCGUCGCCGUCGUCGUUGCUAAGUGUCGCGGCGCGGCUCGCGGCCGGCUGUAUGGCGUCUCUUCCAAGCGGAGUGGGAACUCAGUGGUCCGCGUGGAGGCAGGAAAGGCGGCAGGCCUGCGAGAACAAUAGGAAGGGAAAGGGCCGCAUCGCUGCUGGCGGGUCUGCGCCGGGGUCCAUGUCGUUGGCGGCGACGACGCCGCGGCCGCCGCGCGAGCGGUCCGAGUUCCUCACCACGGUCUACACGAGCUUGCUGGGCGCGUCCAUGGCCACGGUCGCGGCGCUUGUCUACCGCAGUCUGCAGCCGUUCGGGGCGCCGACGCACCGCUUUGACGGCGGCGGAGUUCACGCGGGCCUCUGGGCGUUCGGGGCUGCCGGCGCGGCCUUGGGGCUCGCGGCGGAUGCCCUGGACGGGCGGGGCUGAGACGUAUGGGCCUGCGUACGGGCUGUCUGAAAAGCAGAGCGCUCCUCGUGCCGGGCAUGCGGUCCUCUCUCCAAACUGAUUCUACUUGUACUAGUAUCUGCAUAUAUAUUCAUAUCUAUGCUAGGCCGUUAACGCUUUGGCACGCGGUGGCGUGUGUGUGCUGUAUACUUCUUGCCUGAUAGUUUUCCUCUCAUGCCCUAAUAUCUUCACGUCCCUCUCAUCAGUUGAUACGGGUUGGAGUCCCUGAGAGCCACUAGAAUCCCGAUAUGUCUUUUCCUUUCUUACCUGAUUGGUUGCAGGGCAAUGCGCGGGACCUUUUUGGGCCAUUGUG